GGCUUUAUUUACCUUGUGAUUGGAAGGCACGAUUCAGAGGGAAAGAGGGGAAUGCGUGAGAAGUGAAGUGGAAAAGCAAUAGUGCCAUCACAGCUCCGCUAUGGCGAUGGCUUCCGUGUCUAGUUCACUGCUGCCUGUCCGCCUACAUAGAAACCCCAUCUCUCUCCACUUAUCUCCUUCCCUUCGCUCUUUCCCUUCCCGUCAAACGACGUCGCUUCGACCAGUCCUAUGUGUCCGGAAGCCUCGGUCCCCCGGUGGCAAACUCGGGAGCCAAGAUGCCUGCGCUUCGGAUUUUCUUAGGAAGCCGACUAUCUCGCCUGACGACGAUGGCGGCGGCAGCAGUGUGAGGGAGAAGAGCUAUAAGGGGAGGGAAGAAGAGGAAUGGGUUGAUUGGGAGGACCAGAUUUUGGAGGACACUGUACCACUGGUUGGAUACGUCAGGAUGAUAAUUCAUUCUGGAAAAUAUGAAAAUGGUGAUAGAUUAAGUCUGGAGCAUGAGAAGUUUGUUCUAGAGAAGUUGCUUGCAUAUCAUCCAGAGUGUGAAAAGAAGAUUGGUUGUGGAAUUGAUUAUAUAACGGUUGGAUAUCAUCCUGACUUUGAAGGCUCACGAUGUUUAUUCAUAGUCCGGAACGAUGGAGAAUUGGUUGAUUUUUCAUACUGGAAAUGCAUAAAGGGCCUAAUCAGGAAGAAGUACCCCCAAUAUGCAGACAGUUUCAUUCUCAGGCAUUUCCAACGCCGUUAUAACUGAAGAAAACAACUCUUGAUGUUUUAUCCACCAACUAUUGUAUGAAGACAAUAAAAUGUCAUUUAUUUCUGCAGAAGACAGCUGUACAAGUUAACAAGGGCAAAGAUUUCAAAUUCUUGAUUUAGACUCUUUAGGGAAAAUUUCAAAAGGAUUUGUAUUCUAGGAUGAAAAAUUUUGCUACGGAAUUGCUUUGACUCUUAUCUAUUAAACAGACUGUCCUAUGCUUAAAGAAUUUUCUGCACCUAA